UGGGAGGGAGGCAAGAUGUGGGCACACUUUGGUGCACAGGCCCCCAAGCUGUCUGGUCAGGCAUGGAGGAAAAGUGACUUCUGCCCAGGUGGAAGGACAGAUUCUGCAUCCCACAUGAACUACGAAAAUCCUCCACCCUACCCCGGCCCGGGCCCAACUGCCCCUUACCCACCCUAUGCCCAGCAGCCAAGUGGUCCUCCAGGCCCCUACCCAGGGUAUCCUCCUGGACCCACGGGGCCAUACCAGCCAGGCCAGCCAGGUUACCAAGGUUACCCUCAGUAUGGAUGGCAAAAUGCACCUCCGCCUCCAGGACCCAUGUAUACAGACGGGCCUAAAAACACAGUCUACGUGGUGGAGGAGCGGCGGAGGGACGACACGGGCGAGAGCGCCUGCCUGACGGCGUGCUGGACUGCACUCUGCUGCUGCUGCCUCUGGGACAUGCUGACCUGAGCGCGCCGCCAGACCUCUCCCGAGUGCUCUGCAAGCUCCCCACUCCUCCUUCCCUACUUCUCUCUGUUACUGUAAUCAACGCUCCGCUUUGCACAGCCCAGCGUCUCACCUCCGUCCUAGCGCCUCGGUGGGGUGGGGGGGGUGCACUUCUGCAUUUUAGUAAAGGACAAAAAGCCCUUUUUACUAUUUCUAAGACUUUUGUUGUAACUUUGAAGAAUGUGCCGAUGGUGUCACUCAGCCGAAGGCAUGCUGAUGAAAUGUGUAUAUCAGUUGACAUUUUCCUGGCCCUAGAGAUGAAGUCCGCAAUAAUUAAAGCCAAGAGUUGAUUUUC